GUCGGCGUAGGUUCUCCAUAGUGACGCGCUACGCCAUCUUGCAUUCAGCAAGCGUCGAGCUCAGUAUAGAGACGCAGUUCGCGCUUCGCCGCUACACCAAGUGAAAUUUCGGAGAGAUGAACAGUCAGAGCUCCCGCAACGAAACGGCAGCCGCCGCCGUUAACGGCUCGGAUUCAACGGCGGCGGCUUCCCGAGACCGCAAAACCGGAGGCGGCGUUCUGAAAAGGCUGAAAUCGCGACGAAAUCAAGCGGACCGGCGGCCUGUAACGGAGGAAGAGCUGCGGGCGCUGGGGAGAGACAUCACUCCGGAUGAAGUUUUGGGACUCCGCGCAGUCACUCGUGACUAUCUUUGUAAACCAGAGGACAACAUCUACAACAUUGACUUCACACGCUUUAAGAUCAGAGACCUGGAAACGGGGACUGUCCUUUUUGAGAUUGCCAAACCGCCACACUGUGACCUUGAUGAGGAGGAUGAGGAAAACGGAGAGGUUGACACCAGUGCCGGGCGUUUCGUUCGCUACCAGUUCACACCGGCAUUCCUUAAGUUACGCACAGUCGGAGCCACUGUUGAGUUCACAGUUGGCGAUCGACCUGUUACCAAUUUCAGAAUGAUUGAGAGGCAUUAUUUUCAAGACCGCCUCCUGAAGAAUUUUGACUUUGACUUCGGCUUCUGUAUCCCGAACAGUCGGAACACGUGCGAACAUAUUUACGAGUUUCCUCAGCUCCCAGAAGACCUCAUACGUUUGAUGAUUGAACAUCCGUAUGAGACCAGAUCAGACAGCUUCUACUUUGUGGACAACAAACUCAUCAUGCACAACAAGGCAGACUACGCUUACAACGGGGGCCAGUAGUGCCACUUCAGCAGGAAACCUGAUGAUAGCUUGUUGGAGUGACCGUGUGGUUUCGCUUGAAAAGUGUUUGCGUGGAAUGCAAAUACAGAACUGUCCCUCGCUACCAACAACACACGGUGUUGUCACCAGCAUUAUGAUCCCGCCCAACUGGAAAUGACCAUUCCUUCUAUGAAGUUCCUGCAUUCCACAGACUGCACGCACUACUUGUGAGUUUGGCCAAAAAAGCGGAGCCUUUCUCCUCCGCCACACUCAACUAGCCGGAACUGAAGAAUUCCUGUCCUGUCAUCCUGCUUUAGGGCGACUACAAUAGAGGAGUUUUUGUUUUGUUACUUUUGUUCUCUUACGUCCUGCACCCACCACCUUGUGUCUUGUUUUGUGAGAUUUUUAAAGCUCUGAAGUCCUGUUACCAAACUGAAUCUUGAAUAUCUGAAUAGGGUCUUUCUACGCUACAGCUUAAUUCAAAUGUGCUAAAAUGAAGCGAUCCUGCCACAUACAUCUUUGGUUAUUAAACAAAAAGAGGGUUUUUGUACAGACUCGCAGUUGUUGAAGUUCAUUAAAGGGGUAGAACGGCAUUAUUGGGGUUAAUCAUCACUGAGAUUACAACGUGAUCAGGGUUAGUAUGUUCAGUUAAAGACGACGUGACACCGGUUUCAACAAAAACUGAAAAUUGUACCAUUAUUGUCUCCAUGUAAACUACAAAAACGCAAAUUUGUGAAAACUGUGAUAUGCGCAGUGUUCAGUCUUUAGGCGCGUAGUAUUUUUUUUACAAAGUGACAUCGCCAACUACUGGCCUGGCAGCAGAAUGCAGCGCUUUUAGUUGUUUUUGCGGAUCUGGGGAUGGUUUUGAUAACAUUGUCUGUACAUGGAAAAAAAGCAAAGGAAAAACUACACUACCAUUCAAAAAUUUGGGGUCAGUAAGAUUUUUUUUUUUAUAUAUAUUUUUUAAAGAAGCCACUUAUGCUCACCAAGGCUGCA